AUGGCCACCUUGCGCCUCGCUACCUCCCCCAGCGCGCGGGCCGCUGCCACGUCGCCGCUGACUUCACAGCUGUGGCCCAGUGCCGCCGCCGUGAAUACUUCCGCGAGCACGACGAACGCGCUUCCCGCCGCAACAGUAGCUGCCGCCGCCGCAGUGGCCGCGACAGCCUCAACGAUGACGACAAAGCCGAUACUCCCUCCUUUCCCGUCCGUCCUGGCGCAUGCAAGAACGAAGCCCGUCGAGCCGCAGAACCGCUACUUCAACCCCUCCAACACAACCCUCUCCACCGGCGGCAGCCCCGGCAAGAAACCAGGCGACGAGAACAAGGCCACAUUAGGAAAGACUCUGCGCAUCCUCCAAGACCACCUACCCCGGGUCCUCCAGUCCCCGCUCCCGCAGGAGAUUCUCGCCCCCAACAUCUCUCUCCACCUCUUCCCGACGACGCACCCGCAUCUCCCGACCGUCUCCGGCCGCGUCGCCUACACCGCUGCCCUCUGGACCUCGCCCAUCGCCUGGAACCGCCUGCCGCUGGUCGGGAACGUCCGCCUGUCCAUCAUCUCGGAGCGUGUGACGAAGCAGCCCCUCCACUUUGCGCCUUUGCACCCCGGCGCGGUGCCGGAGCAGCUGGUUGUUAGGUGGUGCGCUACUGACAAGAAGAAUGGUGGAGCCACGGCGGGAUCUCCUUCGUCUGGGGCAACGGCGACGUCGGAACAAGGCGGCGUGAAGACGGAGGACGGCGGAGACAAGGCGUUUACGGGGCUUUUCGUGUUCCAGUUUGACGCCGAGGGCAGGAUAGUAAGCCAUACCAUUGAAACGGUGCAAGAAGGUGGGGAUUGGGAAAAGGGCGUCGGUGCCAAGGUCGUCGGGCUGACGGAUUGGCUCCUUGGUGGGAUGCGGAGGCAGGGAGACAGUCCUAGUCCUGCAUUUGAGGGUCUCGACAAGGGCAAGCAGUAG